AUGAUAUUUGGAUUUUCAAUCAAGCUGAACAAAGUAAGACAGGCUCUAUUACACACGCAUGACGUGGUAGCUAGGGAAGUAUACGGCGAAGAAGCGCUUCGUGUAACACCUCCACCGAUCGCGCCCUACCUGAACGGGGGAAACGAUGAAAUCGACAAUGGUGAUGCUGGAGAGCUACAGCACGUCACUCGCGUCCGACUGGUGCAGUUCCAGAAGAACACCGACGAACCGAUGGGUAUCACGUUGAAGAUGACCGAAGACGGCCGGUGCAUCGUGGCUAGGAUCAUGCACGGUGGCAUGAUCCACCGACAGGCCACGUUGCAUGUGGGUGACGAGAUCCGGGAAAUCAACGGCCAGCCAGUGCAGCAUCAAACAGUCAGUCAAUUACAGCGAUUGCUGCGGGACGCGCGUGGUUCUGUUACUUUUAAAAUAGUUCCUUCAUAUAGAAGUGCCCCACCGCCGGUUGAGCUAUUCAGGAUAAGACCAGCACCGGUUCUGGUUGAUCAGAUUUUCGUACGAGCUCAGUUCGACUAUGACCCGCUGGACGAUGAGCUGAUACCUUGUGCGCAGGCAGGGAUAGCUUUCCGUGUCGGUGAUAUUCUACAGAUUAUUAGCAAAGACGAUCAUCAUUGGUGGCAGGCCAGGCAUGACGCUGCUGGAGGUUCAGCCGGAUUGAUACCCUCACCAGAGCUUCAGGAAUGGCGCAUCGCUUGCCAAUCGGCGGACAAAUCCCACAAAGAACAAGGAGAAGCAGGGCCCGGUUGUUCAGCACAGGCCGAAGGAUGUGAAGGACCCACAGUAGUUAAUUGCUCAAUAUUUAGUCGUAAAAAGAAACAGUGUCGGGACAAAUAUUUGGCGAAACACAAUGCGGUCUUCGAUCAACUGGAUCUGGUGACCUACGAAGAAGUAGUGAAAGUACCGAUUGGUGAUCCAGCAUUCCAAAGGCGCACUCUAGUGUUGCUCGGGGCGCACGGCGUAGGAAGACGGCAUAUCAAAAAUACGCUCAUCGCAAAAUAUCCGGAUAAAUACGCUUAUCCUAUACCACAUACCACCAGACCACCACGGCCGGAUGAGGAGAAUGGGCGAAGCUACUAUUUCAUAUCACACGAUGAGAUGAUGGCAGAUAUUUCGGCCAACGAGUACCUCGAGUAUGGUACGCACGAGGAUGCAAUGUACGGCACCAAGCUGGAGACGAUACGACGCAUCCAUGCGGACGGCAAGAUGGCAAUACUGGACGUGGAACCACAGGCCUUAAAAAUACUUCGAACAGCCGAAUUUACGCCGUACGUUGUGUUCAUUGCAGCUCCACUGCUGCAAAACAUUGCUGACUAUGACGGUAGUCUCGAGCGUCUCGCCAAAGAGUCUGACAUGCUUCGCCAGGCAUACGGUCACUUCUUCGAUCUAACCAUCGUUAACAACGACAUCGGUGAGACGAUAGCAACGCUGGAGAACGCUAUAGACAAAGUGCAUUCGACCGCUCAAUGGGUCCCUGUGUCCUGGUUAUACUGACAAGAUAGUGAACUAGAAUGCCCAGCCUGUUUGGAGGAUGAGUGCGAUUGUGAAUGCGAUUGUGAACUUGAUCUUAAGUGAACGCUUAAGUGUUAGCGUACCUCACUGUACCGCCGUAUAAGAAAGUGUGCAGCUGAAUUGACAGUAAAAUGUUUCGUUAGCACAUGAUACGCAUGCAGCAGUCUUACAUCGGCAAAAUGCGCAGUCUAUGGCCUGGCUAGUGUUAAUUUCUUAUAGGCAGGGCGUGGUUUAAACCGCAUCGAAUGAUGCGUAGUAUUUAGAACGAAUCAAAUCAAAUUGGUGUGAGUGUUGUUUUCGAGUACCGUGUACGAACUACUUAUUUUCAAACACAACUUUUCAACAGAUGCAUAACCAUACCAUGCCUGAUGUUGAAAAGGUGUUCUGAUAUGCGACGUUUAAGCACGUUGAAAACAUAUUGAAAUUGAGGAUUCAAUUUUGUUUAAAUGAAAUUAGCUGCCUCUAACAAUUUUAUGUAACAAACAUUUGUUGCAUAAAACAUUUGAUUUAAGUUUGAAAACAAAAAUGCAAUAUUUCAAUGUAUCUGUUGUUUAUGUAUUUCAAAUGGAAAAGUUUUGAAUUGGGUUCGGAAUUAUCGACAUUCUGACAGAGUUUGCUAAUCAACAACAAUUGUUUAGCUAUCCGUUCUAAUGUUUUUGGAUAAAAGAUCCUACCACAAUGUGUUAGACAGAAAAUGAAAACAAAACCAAAAAAAAAAAUCAAACGAAGUGAUAGAAAACGAACACAUUCACACAAAACAAACAGCAAAGGAGCAUUAUUAUAAUGAUAAUAAUUAAAGACAAACUUAACUAGAACUCUUUUUAAAAGAACUUACGUAAAAAAAGAGAAGCAUAUAAAUCCCAAGCUACAAAACCGAAAAGCAACAAACAAACAAACAAACCAACAAACAAAUAAACUCAAACGAUUACUGGAAUACGAAGAAACAAGCGAAGAAAAUAUUAGUUAGAUUUAAUCUUAACCAAAAUAAACUGAAAAUGAAAAAAGAAAAACAAAUGUUAACAUAAUUCAUAAUAAUUAUUAUAAUAAUGCUAAUAAUAAUGACGAAAGAAGUUAAAUCAUGAGUAUUGCAAUUCAAAGAGUAACACAAAACCAAACGAAAGUAGAAAAGUGAAGUGAAAACAAAUAGGUGAGACAAAAUUACGUUUAAAUUGGAUGUAGAAAAGUCACGAUGUGUUUUCAUGUGUUUUGUUUUCUAGUAAUUUGAGGCAUAUUCUAAGAAAUGAAAAUGAACAACCUUUUGACUCUCUUGGCUAGGCUGAGAAGAAAAGUUUGAUGAACUAGGAUUUUUGAGCAAGAAGUUUAAUGUUAUCUCAGAAAGGCAGGAGCAGUUGUGAAAAUGGAAAAACGCAAGAAAAGCCAACAUAAUGAUGGGUGAGUGCCACUGCUUCUGGUCGGAAGCAAUACUUGCAAGCCAUCAAAUAUGCACAAAUGCUGCAUAUCAAAUAAGUGUUGGCUUCGUAUAUCCACCCAUUUCGAUGGAUGAAAUCAACUGAACAAAAAUUAUAUAAGAGUAUGUCAGGCGAUAGUUUGUUGAAAAUCGUUCACCUAUAGAUGAUAAACUCAACAAAUCCGAAGAAGAAGACAAAAAAAAGCAACUACGAAGAGCUAUGUAACAAGCCCUUCAUUAGCAAACCGUUCCAAGCAUUACGCGAGAAGUGAAGGAACACAUCACACGCAAAUUGUUUUCUCGUAUAAACUAACUCGUUUGCAAAUAAGUGUCGUCAAGCGCAUUUCAUUGAGGAAGCAAGAAAAUCAUUAUCAUUCAAAGGGUUGACCUUUUUCUGUUACGAAAACUCAUUAGUUGCUGCUAGAUGUGUAUCAGAUGGUGUCAGGAUACAAAACAAUAGCACAAACAUCAUAACAUAUACAAAUCACUUGUCUGAUGGAUUAGGCGAGACUAUGAUGAAAGCACAAAAUGUGAACACAAAUUGUUUGCGAUUUCACGUUUAUUCAACCAUCCCGUCUGUUAAAGACGCACUGUGCGUUCUAACUUUCGUGUGAACCGGAUAGUAGCUAUUUCUUUAUUCAAAUUCAUUUAUACUAAUUGUAUGGAUGUUGACUUGAACCCAAACAUUUUAAACUAAAACCCAAACUAGGAGUACGAUGAAUCGAUGACACGCAAUCUGUUUAUAAUUUUAAACUUUCAUCUAUCCAUAAUUGCAUCGGAAUGGAACGUAAAACAAUCGGAAUGUAAACUGACGUUGUACACCGGCUACGACAUUAUGGUUGAGCUGCUGCAUUGAAACCGAGGAGCUUCUCUUUAUGGGUGUAUGGAAAACUAUGGAUUUCGAAACAGUCUUAAGAAAAACCUUUUCCCAGUAAACCAUAUUCAAACGUUGGUUCGCGGCGUAGAGAAACGCAGCGCGAAGGUCUAUCCAAAUUUAUAUACCCCAAGUACUUUAUAGAAACCUAACGACGUACAUUUUGGGCCGUUAACAUUUGGUCGCCUACAUGUUUUAGAGGAAAAUCAGUCAUAUUACUCAUAGUGGCAAAUUCGGCACGCUAUCACACGUACUCCAUUGCCGCAUGUCGGUGACGAAAGUGCAAAGCAAAGACACCCUCAAGCAAGGCUUCAUGGACUUUUGGCGAUAUAUUCGUCCUGCCGUAGCCCGAGUGGACUCCGAUAUGCUACACACUGCAAAUCCUCCAUAAAACCGAUGUGCACAUAAAUGCAAUCAGCAAAUAAAUCCUCUAUACUAGAGUCCACAACCACGAAAGCAAUUAUAAUACAGAAAUGAAACUUGUAUCAAACAAAAAAAAACUAUAUUUAUGAAAAAAAAACAUACUUUGAAAAACUGCACACGCAUGUUUAUGAAAUCAAAAAUAUUAUACCUAGUUUUCUUUUCCUGGCGUUUCAUAACAAAAUAGUAGACAAAAAGUGCAACAAAUUAGCAAAUUACAAUACAAAACCACUCUCAUAAAAGAAAAAAAAAGUAUAGCUGCAUUUAAUACAAAUGGGCACGGUGCAGUGAGAUCUGAACAGACAAACAAAGUAGAAAAGAACUAAAAAUUGGAAAAAAUAGUUUCUUUAAAAGAAACCACUAAUAUCCAGUACAUGAUGGCAGUAACCUUCCUCGAGAAACUUGUAUACAAUAAAGAGAAGUUUUAAAACAAUAUCUGAUCGAUGCGAAGUGGCAGAGCUGCCGACUCGGAUACAAAUUCUUACGAAUUGACGUUAAAAGCAAAACCCUUAAAAGAAUAAAAUACAAUAAUUUCGAAAUAAAUGACAAAACGAACCUUAAAUUCAUACCUAACGUUUAUAGAAGCAGUGAUGGGGGCGCUACGAAUUUCAAUGAAAACGUUGCAAAUGCAAACUAUGCAAGGCAGACAAACGGUAGAGCAAACAUUUGCCGAACAUUCAUCUAAUCGUUAAACAACCAAAAUGAUAUAAAACCAAGCGAACUAAUCUUCCAGCAAUUUAUUGAUGCAAAGAUUCAUUACCGUACACAGCUGACUCCCAAGCAAGAUUCUGAAACACGCAGCUCUUUGAAGCGAGUAAAAUCCGUUACUGUUAACGUAAAGCGCGCGUUAAAAGAAAACAAAUACGGCAAACCCAACCCCUUAGCCGUACGGUAAACGCAGAAAACGCGAACAAGCUAGCAAACAAAACAUAAAUAAAACAAACCGAUGAAAAGCGACGCAGUAAAGCAAACGAGAAGUUAAUCGUGUGAAGCUCGGAACUCUCUACUGUAAAAGUAUUAUUUUACUAGUUUAUUUUGUUUUGGAUGAAAAAAUUCUAAUAAAAGUGACGUUAAUAUAAAAAAAUUAA